UCUUGAGUUUUCCCCUCUUGAAAGUAACCUACAUUCCAUCUCAUCUAUCAUUUUUAUUAUCUUGACAACAUUUAAGAAAAAAAUCUGAUCCAAGACGUCCUUCUUUUAAUCAGGUCUCCCAAUUAAAUAUUUCCAGAAAACCAGUUUUGAAUGUUUCAUGUCUUAGUCUGGAACUAUACAUGGCAGGUCUGCAGCGCAUUCUACGAAGCGUUAUGUUCCAUUGCACUCGCUGGGGACUGAAAGCCUCUGACGGAUGACCUGCCUUCCUUUUUUAUCGAGGCUGAUUGUUACAAUUCAGAUAUUUACUGAAAACAGAUGAAGUUCACAGAGUUGUACCUUUUAGUUGCAGUCCUCCAUGUCCACACAUACCCAGUAAAUACGGAGAAGACCUAAAACAAUACGUUUUUUCUUCUUAUGAUAGGAUCAACUAUUCAUCUCAGGCACGACAGCAGCAAUUUCUCUGAUUAGUGAAGUCAAAAAGAAUUCCUUCAUACGAAACUCUCAUAGGUGUCUAUUCAAUAAGUUCGAAAAAUUCCCUUCAUACCUAUCUCCCAUAGGCAUCUCUGAUCAGUGAAUUAGGCAAAAUCCUCCCAUAGACAACACCCAUAUCUCUGAUCGGUGAAGCACAAAUAGUCGCCCCAGAAGAGAAAUAAUGGGGCAUGGAAAGAAGAAAAAGAGUGGGAAGAAGAAGAGAAAGAGUAUAGACCAUUCUGCCGCAACAAAAUAUCUGCAGGAAUGGUUUUAUAAGACUGACUCUGAGGAGGCCAUCAAUAAUGAUUUCGUGCCUAAGAGUCUAAAAUGUACAGAGGCUCCUGUCAUAUUUGAGCUGCAUUCACACAGCACUUGCAGUGAUGGGUACUUGUCGCCUUCGGCUGUUGUGGAUAGAGCACACAGGAAUGGGAGUAUGCGCAGAACAGGUGAGAGUGCUUGCCCUGACAGACCAUGACACUAUGGCAGGGGUACCAGCUGCCUUGGAAGCUGCCCGUAAAUAUGGUAUCAGAGUAAUUCCAGGUGUUGAAAUCAGUGCAAUUGUUCCACCAAGGACUGAUUCUGGAAAAGGAGAACCUGUACAUAUAUUAGCUUAUUACGGUAGCUGUGGACCAGCAAAUUUUUCAGAGAUAGAAGAAUGCUUAGCCAAUAUAAGAGAGGGCCGCUACCACAGGGCAGAAACCAUGUUACUGAAGCUUAAAGCUCUGAAAAUGCCCCUAAAAUGGGAACAUGUUGCUCGCAUAGCUGGAGACGGCGUAGCUCCAGGAAGACUGCAUGUGGCUAGGGCAAUGGUUGAGGCCAGAUAUGUAGAUAAUAUAAAGAAGGCAUUUAGCAAAUACCUAUAUGAUGAUGGACCUGCUUAUGCUAUGGGUAGUGAGAUUCUUGCUGAAACGGCAAUAAAAAUAAUAUGCCGGACAGGAGGAGUGGCUGCCCUUGCCCAUCCAUGGGCUUUGAAGAACCCCGUUUCUGUAGUCAGAAGCCUUAAAGAGGCUGGCCUUCAUGGCAUUGAAGUUUAUAGAAGUGAUGGAAAAUCAGCUGGAUUCAGUGAAUUAGCUGAUGCUUAUGGCUUACUGAAGAUUGGAGGGUCUGAUUUUCAUGGAAGAGGUGGUCCUGAUGAAACUGAUUUGGGAAAAGUACCUAUUCCAGAUUCAGCAAUGCAUGAAUUUCUCAAGGUAGCUCAGCCUAUUUGGUGUGAUGCUCUUAAAGAUAUCUUACUUAGCUUUGCAGAAUCUUUUGAAUCAAAACUAGAUAAGAUUGUUUGUCCCAAUGGUGAUAUGUCUUUGAGAUGCAACGUCACUGGUAACAAGGAAGAAACUGUAGCUCUGCAUCUGUCUUCGUGGUUGACAAAAGAGGAAAAAGAAGUUGUUGAGGUGGAAGCUGUUAGGUUAAAACUUUCACAUACUGUUAUCAGCGAGGAGGGGAAACAAAUGUUCGUGAUUAGUAGAUAAUAUGUACUGCAUUUCUUUGAAAAUAUUUUGUGCUGGUGUGAAGUUGAUUUAUGUCAGUGAGGCUUUAAAUCAUAGACAUUGAGAUUUUUUAUGAUAUUUGAAUAUAGUUUCAGCUGUUUGGUUUUCUUCCAAUAUAAUUAAUCUAUUAUUGAAGUAUAAAGUUCAUUGCCUUGCGGAUGAAAGAUGUCAUAAUAUACAGCUAACAUGUCUGCAUUGCUUGGUUCGGCUUGAUUAACAUUGCCCCUCAAGAAAAGUGUAGCAUUGAUAUUCAAUGUACAAAAAUGUUCCUAUGCAAUUUAUAUAUAUACAGAUAAUUGCUCA